AAUAGAAAAACUGUUAUCACUUAUGAAUGAUUGAAUGUCAAGCUACGAACACGUUUUUCAAACAUUUACAAAAUAACAACUUAAAUUUCAAAGUAAAAAUGAGCAAAAAGACUAUACACAAAAAAAAACCAAUUUUAUCCAACGAAGGAAUUGGUUUCGAAUGGGAUGUCACUCCUGAUUAUUUCAAUAAAAACAAUAGUGAAUCUGAGGAUUCUGACAAGGGUGAAGACAAUGAACCAAAAAAGAAAAAAGUACGUAAAUUAAAUAUAUCUCAACGACGUGAAGAACAAAAACAAGAAGAACUAAGAUUACGAAAAGUUGAAGAAGAAUUAACUCAAAUUGAAACAAACCCUCAAAAUGCUGAUCACUUUGACCGAUUAGUGUUAUCUAAUCCCAACAGUUCAUUUAUUUGGAUUAAGUACAUGGCUUGCCAUUUACAAGCUACUGAAGUGGAAAAAGCAAGGGCAAUAGCUAAAAGAGCAUUGUCUACAAUUGAUACUAGAGAAGAACAAGAAAAAUUAAAUAUUUGGACUGCACUUUUGAAUUUGGAAAAUUUAUAUGGCACUAAGGAAUCAUUUAAACAAACAAUGGAUGAAGCAUUACGUUCUAAUGAUGAAUAUCAGAUUUAUAUAAAAAUAUUGGAUAUUUUUGCAGAAUCUAAUAAAUUAAAAGAAUUAGAAGAAUUAAUUACAAAGAUUAAUAGAAAGUUUCGUGAUUCUCUUGAUGCUUAUUUACAUUGUGCUACUGUGUACUUCAAACUCAAAAAAUCUGGCAAAGCAAGAUUUAUUUUACAAAAAGCAUUAUCAAAUCUUCCAACUAAAUCACAUGUCACUAUGAUUAGUCGAUUUGCGUUGGUUGAAAAUAGUGAUGGAUCACCAGAAGAAGCACAGACGCUGUUUGAACAUGUUUUAACAUCCUAUCCUUCUCGUAUUGAUGUAUGGAGUAUAUAUGUAGAUAUGUUAAUAAAAUCUAAUAGAAUAGAUUUAGCAAGACAUGCAUUAGAAAGGGCAACAAUACAGAAAUUAGCUCCUAAAAAGAUGAAGAGUUUGUUUAAUAAGUGGAUGAUGUUGGAAGGAAAAUAUGGGACUUCUGAAUCUGUAGAUAAAGUUAAGGAAUGCAUGAAUAACUAUGUUAAUUUAAUUUUAAAAAAAUAAAAAAAAUAAAUAUUUU